AUGACUUCAUCAGUAUUCUUCAAGUUCAAAUCCCAAAAGGAGCCCUCGCGGGUGGAGUUCGACGGUACCGGCAUCUCUGUAUUCGAACUCAAGCGUGACAUCAUCAUCAAGAGCGGACUUGGCGAUGGCCAUGAUUUUGACCUUGCCAUCUAUGUCGAAGACGGCAUGGAAGAGUACGAUGAUGACACAACCGUCAUUCCUCGAUCGACGACCGUCAUUGCGCGCCGCCUACCGCCGCUCAAGCCGGGCGCCGGCAGGGCCGCCCGAUAUGUGACUGGAAAGAUGCCUGGAAGCGCAAAGAACAGAUCGCGGCGGGAGGACACGGUCAAGAAGACGCAGCCCUCUACAGCUGGGCUGGCGCAAAUGAGCACUGCGCUCACGGAGGAGGAAAAGUUGGCGGCCAUGUUCCAGGUUCAGUCAGAUCAGUGGAAUGCUCAGCAGGAAGAGAUGGCCAAUCAGGCCCCGGUCUACAAGCCAGGGUCUAAAAAGCCCGUCAACGUACCCGAUCACGAGCCUCCGACCGGCUACAUCUGCUAUCGCUGCGGUCAAAAAGGUCACUGGAUCCAAGCCUGUCCUACCAACGACAAUCCUGAAUUCGACAACCGGCCCCGCGUCAAGCGCACCACAGGCAUUCCUCGGUCAUUUCUCAAGACAGUAGACAAGUCUGCAUUUCAGCAGGGCGAGGGUGAAGGUGAGGAUGGCCCAAAGCCUCCGGCUGGCGUCAUGGUCAAUGCAGAUGGAGAUUAUGUCAUUGCUAAGCCUGAUACGGCCUCAUGGGAAAAGUUCCAGGCCAAGACGAAGACUUCGGCCGCUGCGCAGAAAGCAGCCUCCGACGAAGACAAGGAUCUUGAAGAGAAGGGCUUGUUGUGCGCCAUCGACAAGAGAUUGUUCAUAGACCCAAUGAAGACACCAUGUUGUGAGAAGACGUAUUGCAAUGAUUGCAUCACAAAUUCUCUCAUUGAGAAUGAUCUCGUCUGCCCCGGUUGCGACUCGGAGGGAGUUCCAAUCGAUGAUCUCCGGCCAGAUACUGAGACAUCCCGCCAGAUUCAGGACUAUCUGAAAGAGAAGGAUAUGGCUAAGACGAAAGAGCGCUCUAAGAGUCCGACAAUAGCAAAGUCGCCUUUGUCUCAAUCCGAUAAUAAGGUAGAGAAGGACGAAGCACAGACAGAUGCGCCUAAGACGGCGACUACGUCGGCUCCAGAGAAGACCCAGUCGCCAUCACCGUCGUCAGCAGCAGCAGCAGCAGUCAAGUCUGCUUCGGCUGAGGCGCUUCAGAAGUCUGCGACCCCCAACCCGGUAACGAAUGGCGGCGGGAUGAACAAGCCUGACGAUAGCUCGACGAAGAAACGUCCCGCAGAUGAGCUGCUAGAGAACCCCAAGAUCCCCAAAGCGCCGAAAGCGAUGCAAAAGGCCCAAGAGGCCAAGGAGAUGCACAACAUGAUGGCAAACGGUAUGCCCAUGAUGCCAGGCUUGUCCAAUAUGCCUAAUAUGUCCAUGAUGAAUCCCAUGAUGGGCAUGAACGGCUUCAACGGCUUUCCCAACAUGGCCAUGGGCAUGGGCAUGGGUAUGCCGAUGAUGCCCAACAUGAUGAAUCCCAUGAUGGGCAUGAACGGUUUUAAUGGAGGAGGAUUCCCCAACAUGAAUGGAUUUGGUGGCAACUUCGGCCCCGGCGGAAACAUGAACGGCGGUGGGAUGGGAGUUGGUAUGGGCCCUGGUGGCCUCGCCAACAUGAACAAUGGAUUCCAACAUCCGAAUCGAACCAACUUCACCCAGCCCAACAACGACGAAGAUGCCUACUUCCGCAAGCCGGUCAACCCGGGACGACAUCAGAACCGGCAACGAAGAAACCGGCCCAGUGACUAUCGCGAGCUAUAA